AAAUGACACUUAAUUCUUGAGUCAGAAACACCAAUAUCAAGCUCAAUAGCUUCCUGAGCAAAUCAGAGAGAGGAAGGUCAGUUUUAAAACGUAUAUAUUUAGCAUAUUUUGAAGUGAUAUAAUCUAUUUAUUUUAUUUUCAGGACAAUGUGGGGCAAUGACAAAGAGGAGUACAUGGACACAUCAGACACCCCAUGGUGUUGGUAUUAUCUGGCAGACUGUGGAAGGUGGCACAGAUUUGAGGAUGACCCCGAUAACGCACUUUGUAGUGAGGAUAUUGAAAAAUAUUACCUAAGAAACUCAAAAGCAGUUUUAUCUUCAUCCAGUUGUCACAGCAAGAUUGAUUUUUCAGUCAUGUUACAGACUGACCUCAUCACAGGAAGGCAUAGAAGAAUCCAUCGGGGCUACAACAUUGAGAGAAGUUGUUCCUGCUUCAGUGCUUCUCUUGUCUUCUGGGAGAAGGUUGAUCCCACCUGUCCUUAUCAGUUAAUCCCUCUGAGUGAGCUCACCCCUGAGUAUCAGACUGUGGCAGGUUAUGUGAAGGAGGAUGGGCUGUUGGACAGAUCCAUUGUAUCAAUCAGCAGGAUACAGAAUUUGGACCUAUGGGAAAUAUAUUGUCGGAAAAAGAAACAGUUAAUGAGAAUUCAAGGUGUCAAAGAAAUUCAAGAGAGAAGACUCUUUCAUGGGACCGAAAUAAGAAAUAUCGACAACAUUUGCAAGUAUAACUUUGAUUUACGGUUAGCUGGACAACAUGGCCACGUACUUGGCAAAGGAAUAUAUUUUGCAAAAUAUGCAACAUAUGCGGACAAAUACAGCAAGAGCAGCACGGAUCCAUUGCCGUUUUAUGGCAGGGAAACACAACGUGUACACAGUGAAUGCACUAAAAUAAUAUUUUUGGCACGGGUGAUGAUCGGGAAAUCAAAUGUUGGAAAAAAACAUUUCCAAAAACCUGAUCAUGGAAGUUCUGAAGACUCUCACCACAGCUGUGUGGAUGAUAUCAAUAAUCCAACUAUUUUUGUUAUUUUUGAUCCAAAUCAAAUAUAUCCAGAGUAUCUGAUUCAGUACAGAUGAAGUCAAGAGAGGAUCCUGAGCAUGUACCAUACCAACAUUUCCAAAUUUUUCAACUACAUUUUUUAAAGGAGGAGCAAGAAUCUGCAAUUAUAUGAAUGAAGGCUGUGUUUACAUACAUUUAGCAAGUAGUCUUAACAUUUUUAGUAGUUUAGUUUAUGGAAGUAUUGUUUAUAAAAUGCAUUAUUACAGGUUGACUUUUGUCACAUUUGGUUACUAUUUAAUAUUUAUGACCACAUUACACUGAUUUCACUUUGAAGAGGUUUCAUAAAUAAAUUACCUGGCAGAACCAAA